AUGUGCUUAUUGGUCCCACCAAAAAAAGGCUCCAGGGGGCACAAGAGCACCAAGACGAAAAGCACCCCGGAGAUCAAACCUGUCGCCGUUCCUGCCAUGCCCACACAUAGCCGUAUGCCUCGGCCCAAGACCAGUGCCUCCUCUGUGGCAUCCCCCAUGUGUCACACAGAGCAUCUCAUCGACUAUCUCAGGGAGAGAUACCCGACGGAAAGCACAACCUGGGAACAGUACAGCCACAAUCUCGCGCUGCACCACUUGGAUGAACAUGUCCACACACAGUUUGACCAGGCCAAAUCCGCAACCGAAGGGGUCGGGAAAGGUAUCAAACAAAUCCAGGAGCGCCUAGAAGAGAUGGAUGAGAUUCUGAAAGGGGCAGACGAGGCUGCAAAAUCCGCCAGGGACUUUGGAGAGGAGACGAGGAAGAGGCGAUCCGCAAAGGCAGAUGAGCAGAGCAAGAUGAAGGAAGACGCGGCAAAGAAAGAGCUUGAGCGCUUGAAGGGGCUGGUGGAGAAGCAAGAAAAGGAGAGCGAGGAACGCAAGAACAAGCCGGCCCCGAAAAAGGGUCUUGAAGAGGCAGAUGUCCUGAAGUUGAUCGAUGAGCGCGACAUGCGGCGAGAGUUGGAGGGACUGAGGGGGCUGCAGGAAGGGGCUACGCCAAAGCACAGCAAAGAGUGCCUCGGGGAGGCUGACCUUGUCAAGAUCCUUGAUCAACGCGACCACGAGCGAGAACAUGCCAGACUUCAGGCGCUUGAAAAGCAAAAAGCAGAGGACGCCAAGCAGGACGAAAUCAAGAUGCAGGAGCUCAGAUUCUCCGAGAUGUUGGAGGAGAAUGAAAGGAAAAGGGAAUUUGAGAGGCUCAAGGUCCUUGAGGCGGACAUCCUGAGGCAGGCUGCCGGUGGCUAUGCGAGCCCAAGCGACACGGUGACCCCAAGCCUGGCAGAAAUCGAAGGCAUGAUCGAAAGGAUCUUGGAGCGACAUGACCUGACGCGACGGUUUGAAGAAAGUUCCCCAGCUCGAGGGACCAGGCAGAGGCAGGAGGCAUCAACCAUCGCUGAACCCAGCCGCGAAGCCGAGGCCCAGCGCACGAUCGGCCAGAUCUUGGGAACGCUCCUGCAGCGUCAGAAUGUCGACCAGGCGACGGAGCUGCUGGAACGCCUAUUGCACAAGACAAGGCAGGACAGCCGUAGUGACCGGCACUGGAUCCUAAGCGAAGUUCUCGCAUACGUGGACGACUACUUGAUGCCUGAGCAGCGUCAGGAAGAGUCUGGGCGGUCUGGCCAUCACCACCAUCACCGUCACCAUGUAAACGACACGGGCUGCAGGUUUGGUUGUGAAGCACCGAGCCCAUAUGCGUGUCCUUGCAGCUUGCACGCCUCGCCUCCUCCUCGAGAUGGCCACCCCAGUUUCGGUCCACUCAUCAACACUGGCACGAGAGCCCACACUUCUGAGGUGUUGCGUCCCAAGCAUGGCAGCCUGGAGAUCCUAUAG